AUGGAGAGUUCGCUACGAUGGCUGUCAGGUGACCAUCCCCUAGAAGAGGCGAAGAUACAAGCAACGUUACGGUACUUGCGACGAUGCAAAACUCUCGAGUGCAUAUUACGGGAAUUAUCUAUGGAAAACGGCACGCUUCGGAAUUGCACGUACCGAUACUCCUCGGACGACAGCAUUACGUCCAUUGCACUCUGGAUAGAUGGACCAUGCACGUGCAUCGCAGCCAUUCUGGCGUUGAUCGGUGUUCACUUCGCUGUUCGAUUCCUUUUUCGAGCCGGCUUAAACAAGGACUUGACGGCAGCUCUUUUCUCGCUGUGUGUCAUUGACUCGUUGUUGAUGAUGACCGUAUUCCUGUUCUACUGUAUCGAAGCGAUCGGUGUUUUGUUUCUCGACACCAAUCUUAUGUACAAUCAUCAGCUAUUCACGUCAAGCCUCCAUGGUGUAGCUCAAAGUCUUACCACUGCCUCGACAAUGCUUGUUAUCUACAUCACAUUUCUUCGGUUUAUGGUCGUCAUGCGCCCGUUGCGGUACGCUCCAUCGUCGUACACCAGGACUGCGAAACAGAGCAUGAAGCAGCGAAAAGCUUCGAACGAGCUCGAAUCGUGCCUUGGAUCGCAAAAAGGUCGUGGAGCAAGCGUCAAAUCCGCCAAAGAACACUUGCAGCUCAGGAAGUACUUCAGAUCAUGCCUUCUACCAGGACUAGUGAUCUUUCUAUGUUUCGCUGUGAACAUCCCAAUUUAUUUCGAAUUCACUGUGGAGAAAUGUUUUGACGCAGAACAUGGUGUCGAAGCUUCAUGUCCAGCGCCUACGGUAUUCCGAAAUUCGUUUACUCGAUACAAAGCGAUACUGAUGACGUUGACGCAAACAAUUGGACCUGUGACUACGAUACUCAUACUCAGCGUUUUGACCGAAUAUCGAGUGCAUAGAAGUUUGAAGAAGCGAAGAAAGCUUUUCGAGAGCCAACAACGUAGUCGAUCCAUUGUUCUCACAGAGGAAUCAAAAGAGAAAGUCUCACGUACGGUCGCUAUAUUUAUCGCAAUAAAAUUUCUUAUUUUCAGAUCAAUGCCAGUAUUUUUCGAUAUAUACGAAAAUCUGUAUGGAAUUGAGUCUUUCGGCGUCGCACUUUCAAUUCUCGUUAGGAUCUCUGAUUUUAUGAUCGUGCUCAAUUCGGCCACCAAUUCGUUGGCGUAUUUCGGGAAAAAGAGAUGGCUUGAGAAGCGACUUCGUCUAAGACUAUUGAAGCGAGAAGAGAAGCGCCAAGGGAAAGCAAAUCGUCGUUCGAGUCAGAUCAGCCAGCCGACAUCUCUCCACUCGCAAACGUCACCACCUCAAGGAGUCACGCGGACACCUUUUUUGGCGGUCCAUCAACGUUCCAAUGACUAUAGUCCUUUAAUGAGCAAGGACUAG